AUGGAGGCAGCCGGGGAGCGGGAGGAGCUGGCCCGGCUGCGCUCGGUCUUCGCCGCCUGCGACGCGAACCGCUCCGGGCGCCUGGAGCGCGAGGAGUUCAGCGCGCUGUGCGCGGAGCUGCGCGUGCGGCCGGCAGACGCCGAGGCCGUGUUCCAGCGGCUCGACGCCGACCGCGACGGGGCCAUCACGUUCCAGGAGUUCGCGCGCGGCUUCCGCGGGGCCCUUGGCGGGGCGCGGCGCCCGGACUGGGGUUCGGGUGAGCCCGCGCCCGCCGCGGCCCAGGUAGGGUCGGACCCGGGGGACAGCGACGAGGACGAGAGCAACGCGGAGGGGGCGGAGGUGCUGAAGCCUCCCUGGGACCCCGCGAAUCCUGGCCGGGCUUGGCAGGAUUUCCAGACACGACUCGGAGACGAGGCCAAGUUCAUCCCCAGAAAAGAGCAAGUUAGUACCUUGUAUCAAAACAUCAACCUUGUGGAGCCAAGACUAACCCAGCCAUAUGAACAUGUUAUCAAGAACUUUAUCCGUGAGAUCAAACUACAGAGUACAGAGAUGGAAAGCCUGGCCAUUGCAGUGAAGAGGGCCCAGGACAUGGCAGCCAUGCAGCUGAGUGAGCUGGAAGAGGAAAUGGAUCAGAGGAUUCAGGCUGCGGAACACAAGACGCGGAAAGAUGAAAAACGCAAAGCUGAGGAAGCCCUCAGUGAUCUCAGACGUCAAUAUGAAACAGAAGUAGGAGACCUACAGGUGACGAUAAAGAAACUCAAAAAGUUAGAAGAACAAUCCAAACACAUAUGUCAAAAAGAAGAUGUGACUGCAUUGAAGAAAAAAAUUUAUGACUUAUCAAUGGAAAAUCAGAAAGUUAAGAAAGAUCUUUUAGAAGCACAAACAAAUAUAGCCUUUCUUCAGAGUGAACUAGAUGCUUUGAAAAGUGAUUAUGCUGAUCAGAGUCUGAAUUCUGAAAGGGAUCUGCAAAUAAUCCGAGAGUACACGGAAGAUCGAAAUAGUCUUGAGAGGCAAAUUGAAAUACUCCAAACAGCUAACCGGAAACUGCAUGACAGCAAUGAUGGCCUCAGGAGCGCCCUGGAAAACACUUACAGCAAGUUCAACAGAUCAUUGCGCAUAAAUAAUAUAUCACCAGGGAAUACAAUUUCUAGGAGCAGCCCCAAAUUUAAUGGUCAUUCUCCUCACCAUCUGGGCUAUGACAGGUCAUCCCGCUCUUCCUACGUGGAUGAGGACUGUGACUCGUUGGCCCUCUGUGAUCCUAUGCAGAGGAUGAAUUAUGAAGUUGACAGCCUGCCCGAGAGCUGCUUCGACAGUGGCUUGUCUACCCUGAGAGAUUCUAACGAGUAUGAUUCCGAGGUGGAAUACAAGCACCAGCGGGGAUUUCAGAGGUCACCAGGCACACAGGACAACUUUGGGGGUGACGCUUCAGAUACAGAUGUACCUGAUAUUAGAGAUGAGGAAACAUAUGAUUCAGAUGGUGUGGCUUCCAUCUUAGACUGGAAACCCCAGGGGUCCGUUAGUGAAGGCAGUAUCGUUAGUUCGUUUAGAAAGCCCAUCUCGGCACUUUCACCACAGACAGACAUAGUAGAUGACAACCAGAAAUCUUCUGGCUCACAGAAGGCUUACAAGAUUGUACUGGCUGGUGAUGCUGCAGUGGGGAAGUCUAGUUUUCUCAUGAGACUUUGCAAGAAUGAAUUCCGAGGGAAUACAAGUGCCACACUAGGAGUUGAUUUUCAAAUGAAAACUCUUAUUGUCGAUGGAGAGCAAACAAUGCUGCAGCUCUGGGACACGGCGGGUCAGGAGAGAUUCAGAAGUAUUGCCAAGUCUUACUUUAGAAGAGCAGAUGGUGUUUUGCUGCUGUAUGAUGUUACUUGUGAGAAAAGCUUUCUUAAUGUGCGAGAAUGGGUUGAUAUGAUUGAGGAUGCAACUCACAAGCGUAUUCCUAUCAUGCUGGUUGGAAACAAAGCGGAUCUUCGUGACUCUACUGCAGCAGAGGGACAAAAAUGUGUUUCAGGACACUUUGGGGAAAAACUGGCCAUGACCUAUGGGGCAUUAUUCUGUGAAACAAGCGCCAAGGACGGCUCAAAUAUAGUGGAAGCUGUUCUCCAUCUGGCUCGGGAAGUGAAGAAAAGGACUGAUGAGGAUGAUAGCAAAUCCAUUACCAAUCUGAGCAGUUCCAAAAAGUCGACCCAGAUGAAGAACUGUUGCAAUGGUUAGACCCCAAAGACCCGUGGCCUUUGAAGCCUGCAUUUCCAGAGCACUGAAUUUGUCCGACUUCUUUGCUUCUCACAUGGCAUUGCACAUCUUGCAGGCACUGUUAUAUGGAGAGUUGCAGGUGGGAAACCUGAACUGUGCUCUGGGGACCCUGCUGAACCUCGGCAAUUCUUUGUUAUGUUUCAGUGUAUCAAUUAGGAUCUCUAGUUAAGUAGACUUGUCUUGUCCUUACAAAGUCUUAAAAGAUAAUUUAGAAAU